UCAGGGGGAGCCGGGCGGAGGUGGGCGAUGUCGAGAGGUGGAGGUGCGGAGGCCGCAGGCAGGGGAUGGGUCGCUGCAGGUGAUCCCCAAACCCGAGAACACUCGCGAAAAAAUGGUUCUGUACCAUUGGUCACAGUCCUUCUCCUCACAGAAGGUUCGUUUGGUUAUUGCGGAAAAGGGUCUAAAAUGUGAAGAGUAUGAUGUUAACCUACCAUUAAGUGAGCACAAUGAACCUUGGUUUAUGCGUUUGAACCCAGCAGGAGAGGUGCCUGUACUAAUUCAUGGCGAUAACAUUAUCUGUGAAUCCACUCAGAUCAUCGACUACUUGGAGAACACCUUUGAAGCUGAAAACAUCCCCAAAUUAAUGCCAGAAGAAGGAAGCCUGUAUUACCCACGAGUUCAGCAUUAUCGAGAACUGCUAGACUCUCUCCCAAUAGAUGCUUAUACCCAUGGUUGUAUUCUUCACCCAGAGUUAACUUUGGAUUCCAUGAUUCCUGCGUAUGCAACCACAAGAAUUCGCAGCCAAAUUGGAAACACUGAGUCUGAGUUAAAAAAACUUGCUGAAGAGCACCCAGAUUUGCGUGAAGCAUAUUUAGCAAAGCAGAAGCAAAUUAAGUCCAAGAUACGGGACCAUGAUAAUGUAAACUACUUGAAAAAAAUAUUCCGUGAGUUGGAGGGUGUUCUGGAUCAAGUGGAGACUGAGCUGCAGCGAAGGAUUGAGGAAACACCAGCAGACGAAGGACUUCAGCCAUGGCUCUGUGGUGACUUCUUCAGUCUUGCAGAUGUAUCUCUCAGUGUGACAUUGCAUCGACUUAAGUUUCUAGGACUUGCCAGAAAAUACUGGGGAAAUGGAAAACGGCCAAAUUUAGAAACUUAUUAUGAUCGUGUGUUACAGCAAAGGACUUUUCGGAAGGUUUUGGGAAACGUGAACAACAUCUUAGUGUCAGCAGUACUGCCUACUGCUUUUCGGGUUGCGAGAAAACGUGCUCCAUCAUUUUUGGGGGCUAGUUUUAUUGUAAGUCUGCUGGGAGGAAUAGGGUAUUUAGCCUUCUUGUUCCUUAAAAAGAGACUUGCAUAGAUUUUGGUGGUGUGAACUUGCUCAAAUUCUUGUUAGAUAAAACUGUGGAAGAACUUCAUUGCAGUUAUCAAGUUAAAAUACAACUGAAUGGAGCCAUGCAGUAACUCGUUUGCUGUUGUAACAACAUUUACUGUCACUUUUAUUUUCAAACAUUAAGAUUGUAUUGUAUGGAAAGUUUAAACAAAUGCGCUCAACACAAUUCAUUUAUUCUAGAACCACAAAUAGGUUCACUUUUGUAUGUUUAACCAAUUUCAGGUAGUAAAUUGUGAACUGGCGAAACUCGCAAUAUUUCUGUGCUCCACAUUAACGAUUUUACAAUGCACUUCAAUAACCUUGAAACUAAACGUGAGUCACUUGGGUCAAAUGUUAGUCAAAAAUCAAUUCGCUAACCUGCAUGUAUCCAACUUCUAUUUGUCUUUUUUGUCCACCCUGUCCAUCCUUGAAUGUGCAUUGUAGACAUCAGCCUUUUAGGAGGUUGUGUACUGUAUCUCUUUUACAGAUUGUUUGUUUGUUUGUUUGUUUGUUUGUUUGUCAAUUUGUGAAUAUAGUUUCAAUAUCAAAUACUCAUUCUGAAUAAAGGCAUACAGAAAAAAUCUGAAAAAA